AUGGUCCUGCCAGUGUUGGCAGCAUAUGAGAAGCGAGGUCUCCAGCAGUUCAGGCAGAUGGUGGAGUGCAAACUGCCAGAAAGGGACCCUCUGCUGGACUUUUGGGACUACGGCUGCUACUGCGGGCUUGGGGGAGAGGGGACACCUGUGGAUGAUCUGGACAGGUGCUGCCAGGCCCACGAUGACUGCUAUGAUAAAGCCCAAAACCUUGAGUCCUGUGGCUCCAUUUUUGACAGCCCCUACUUCAACGUCUAUGAAUUUGAUUGUGAUGAACAAAAGACAAUUACCUGCAUGGCCAGCAACAAUGACUGUGACAUGUUCAUUUGCAUGUGCGACAAAGUUGCAGCGGAUUGCUUCGCCAGUGCCCCAUAUGAUGACUCCAACAACGGCCUACCUGAUGAGGUCUGCAGUUCAGAUGCAAGAGGCCUUGUCCCUAGUCUCCUCCUUGUGAUGUUUGUAACCCUGUUCUCCCAAAUGGUGCAAGGGGGGACCUUACUGUCCUGACAUCAAAACUGAAAACCCUACAAAGCAAUGUGGGAUGAUGGUACAUUGGCAUUGAGCAAUUAGGCAACUUGAAUAUGAGUGAAUUAAUACAAGGAUAGCUGCACCGCAACUAAGUCACGAGAAGCUGUUAUUAUUGCUUUCAUUGAUAGAUGUUUAUAUGAGG